AUGUAUGGUGGAGCAGAGGUGCCCUACCGACCAGUCGCUCAGCUGGAUCGGCCCUGUGACGACGAGGAAGAGGUGAUUUCUAUCGCAGACCUGUUGGCGAUAGGAGGGUUGAUGUGCGAGGUGGACGCUGGAGAGGAUGUGAAGAAGAGGCAUGAAGGACCGAAAGUGGGCGAACUGGCGCCCUUUGUUCUGUACCUCGGCCCCAUUUGCCCAUCCGCGGAGACUGCUGACAGGCCGCUCCUCUUCACCCCGCCCUGGCCUGGCACACACUCGCCGUGUCGUCAUCGCGUCGAAAGAGCGCCGUCCCGCCCGUCUCGGUGUCCUGUUGCGCCCGUUUGCCCGUUGGCAACAAUUGAGACGGGGCCCGCUUCGGUCACGCCUCGGUGCUUACGGCCGCAUGGACUGAGGCAAGAAACUGAGGCCAAAACGUGUCCUUCGUCUUUCUGCUACAAACCGGAGGCUCCAAAUUCUCUCUCAUUUGCCACCUUCGAGACCAGAAGCAGGGCCGUCGUUGUCACUUUUUGCGCUGCAUUUGUCGACGAAACCGGUUCGACAAGCAGAAUCCACCGAGUUCACAUUUUGCUUCGGUCUCGCCGACAGUCCGGACGCGCGCUGGGCGAGGCUUCAGACGCAGCUGAUUCGAGCAAGAGGCCUCUUUAG